ACCUGUGACUACGCAGACUUUAUUGGAUCCGGAACAUGCGAACGGAAUGAAGCAAUGAUGGAUAUUUACAUUCGUUUCUGUGGGUUUGCCGAUAUUUGUGAUUCCGGAUUCAAGCCUAUUUGUGUAUACACUGCUGAUGGUGAAAUGCUUCAUAUUUGCUCCCCAAAGGACCUUGUGUGCAUAAAAGGGUAUUGGAGAAGGGUCUCCCGUAAAGCUACAGAUUCCAGUGUAGUUAAAGUGCAGAAAGAAAAAUGUCCAAAGGGAAGAUACCAGCCAUACAAAUCGAACUGUUACGACGCAUGCACAGCCAGACAUGAAGACAUCAAAGACUUGCCAGUACAAUAUGCGAUAUAUUCCAAGGGAGACAAUAUAUCUCCACCGAUGAUAUAUUGUGACUUCGAAAAUGGGUUUUACAGCCUGGAUGGCAAGUUUCUUCAGAAGUAUGACGGAGAACUCGGAUACCAACCCCUAGAAUGUACAGGUGUAACUGAUCACAACCCAUGUUCUAGAGGAUUGUACCCUAUUCCGAAUGGGACAUGUCUUUUUCCAUGUGAAAAGGGUUUUGAGCGUGACGUCCAUGAUGACUUUAAGUGUAAAGAACUAAAAUGGGCAGAAACUGAUCCCAGUAAAGAGGAAUUGAAUCCGAAAGACAAUGAUUCCAGUCAGAAAGCAGAGGAAGCAACCAAGAUAAGCAUACUUAACAGGACUUCACAGAAGCUGAUGAAUGAAACCAAAACGGAGGACAGUCGUACUUCGAAUGAUUCGCACGUCAGUAUAGUAAUAGUCUUUGUAUUUGCUGCUUUACUGCUAGCCAUCGUUGGGAUGGUCUUUGUACUUCUAGAACACUAAAACAACAUAAUCAUCGUUUAUUGUAGCCAGUACAAAAGGAGAAACUUAUACUUAAUAAAGAAUUCCAAAGUUUGAAGCAUUCCAAUUUGGCUGAUUGUGAACAAUGAUAGAUUGCUGACAUUUAUACAUGUUGUAACAGACAAUUUGUACAGAAAAUAAAUAGUAAACUUUAUAUAAAAAUACCAUCAUGUCAGUUCCUUCAGACUUUAUCAACUGGUCGAGCUGUCCUUUAAGUUUUGAAAUCUUCUACAUUACUGAAAAUUGAUGAGAUACUAUCAAGUCAGUUUUAAUUUUAAAGCGUUUUAAACAAUAUCUGACAUGUAGAUAAGAUGUAAACUUUUCCAUAACAUCAUGGUUUAUUUGAUCUGUUUAGUUUUGAAAUAUCGGUUUAUGUUAGUUUAAAAAUACUUUUCUGUCGUGGACAAUACUUCUUGUGUCUGCUUUGUGUCCAAAUAUUUCAAAUAUGUAAUUUCUCUCUAUUAAAGCACUCGAAUUUUAUUAUAAUUGUAUACUAAAUCAUUUUAAUUAGUAUUAUUAUCUUAAUAAGUAUAUAGGGACUCCAACUUGUUCGAUCUUGAUAGCCGGUUAAUACAUAAUUUGAAGAAGA